AUGUUGUGGUGGGGUGUUGGUUGUUGUGGUGGUGGUUGUGGUAGUGAUGGUGGCGAAGACAGCAGUUAUGGUGGUUGUAGUGACGGUGGCUACGAUGGUGUUGUCGGUGUUGGUGUUGGGGGUGGGAGUGGUGGUGGUGGUGGCGGCAGUGGUGGUGGUGUUUGUGGUGGGGGUGGUGGUGGCAGUGGCAGCGCUGACGGCGACGAGGGUUGUGAUGGUGGUGGUCGUGGUGACAGUGGCAGCGAUGUCGACAACGAGGGUGGUGGAUGUGAUGGAUGUGGCGGUGGAAGUGGUGGUAGUGGGGGUGGCGGCGACGACAGUGGUGGUGGUGGUGGUGGCGGCAAUAGUGGUUGUCAUGGUGGUCGGGGUUAUGAUGAUGGUGGUGGUGGUCGUUGUGCUGUUAGUGGUGGUGGUGGUGCUGUUAGUGGUGCUGGUGGUGCUGGUGGUUGCGGUUGCGGCGGCGAUUAG